AUGGCAGGUCCAUCAGAUGCGACACCAGUCGUAGAGGCACAGAAACGCGCUCCUGUCGAGCUCAAAGCUGUCGCCGACUUUCUGCGAGGAAAGAAUGGGCCGAAAAUCAGAAGAGGAGUUCUGAAUGGCAAGAGGGUGGACUACUUCAAAGGCAAGACGGCCAUACGCGUCCUUACCGGCCCCGCCUACCUCAAAACCAAGAAGGUCCCCGAGAUUGCAGACGAGAAGGCCGCUGAAGAGCUCCUCGGAAAAGUCCUCCCAAAUGCUUUCUUCCUCCGGGUCGACCGCCCCACCCCCUCCCCCGCGCCUCCCGCCGGCACCCCCAAAACACUCCUCCUAUCCCCCCAACAACACUUCACCGCGGACGCCUACUAUGCGUGGUUCUACGACGGGUCCCCACUGACCACCUACCUCGGCGCGGCCGCCAUGGUCAUCGUCAUCUUUGCCGGCGUUCUCUUCCCGCUUUGGCCGGCGACGCUGCGGCUGGGCGUGUGGUAUCUCUCGAUACUGGCAUUGGGGGCGAUCGGGGCGUUGAUUGCGCUGGCGAUUGUCAGGUUGAUAUUUUGGUGUAUUACCGUGGUGGCUACCAAACGGGCUAUAUGGAUGUUCCCGAACUUGUUUGAGGAUGUCGGAUUUAUCGAUUCAUUCAUCCCCGUCUGGGCAUACGACGAGCCCAAGAAGAAGAAGAAGCGCGCUAUCCCAGGGGGUUCUUCCAGCAGCGGCGGCAAGAAACGGUCCGCCGCCGGAGGGGUCAACGGGAUUACCCCGGGCCCCAUGCAUAUCGCGGGCGGAGAUCUUAUGGGCGCGCAGCCAGCGCAGGCGGAGAUGAAGCCGAUCGUGGGGGAUGCGGCGGGUGCGGGGUCAGCCGCUGGAGGGGCAGGGGCAAAGGCAAAGGUGUCGGGUGUGCAGAUGAAUGGCGGUGGAGAGGUGCGGCAUAGGCAGCAGGCGACAGUGGAGGAGAUUGAAGAGUAG